UCAUUUGGAUGGCAGAGCUCGAUGAGAUCCGUGUAAGCGUUAAAGCGCCGACAUGACUGCGGACAGGAAUUCCGCGUGGUGUAAUUCACGGAAUGGAAUGGAACAGGAUGACGUUGUGAUGAAAUGGGAUGGCUUGGUCGUGCUGCAAACCAAAUAUUAGCUCUGCACAGCUGCACUGUUUUUCAAUUAAACUAGCUGAAUGCUCCUUCAGUCGUGCAUUAAAAUGAAAAUUUAAUCACGCCAACGGCCAUGGCUGCGAAAUGAAUCACAUUCGCUGACCAGAACCUGAACCCCGCGACUCGAUCGGGGAAAAGGAAAAAUGCGAGGCUGAGGCCAUGGAGGCGCAUACGUAUUGUGAGGAAAUAUGUAAUUAAAUUUUUCUCCCGUAUGUCAUGUCUUCGCCUCGGCUACGAUGAUGGUUUUUUUAUGAAGCCUUUAUGGGUGGCAGUAGUUCUUCACACUACAACGGCUAUCAAGCAAUUGGAAUGUAAAUUAUUACAAAAUGUGAUGGAUAAAUUCCUAAUAAAAUGCCUUUUGCCACACUUAAGGGAACUAUUACAUUUCAAAACUAUUUCUUUCCUUUAGGUUUUAGUGGGAUUACUUUGAUAAAAUAU